GCCCCAUGCACACAAGAGCAUAAGGAAAGGGCAUCUAAGUAAAAUAAUAUUUAUUAUUCGGUCCCCCAUUUCUCCAAUAAACUAGUUUCUCUCACCUCGAAUUAUUAGAGACAAAAAAUAAAAACCCUUUUCUCGUCUGAUCAGCUUGCCUCACCUUUUUUUCCUUUACCUCAAAUGGCCUCCUCUUUCGCCCUAACCGCCUUCAAUUUCAAGCAAUCCCCAUAUUUUCCGGCUUCAAUUUCAACUCCAUCCCCACCGUGUGGUCGGAAAAGUACGGCGGCUAGGGCUAGGGCUAGGGUUGUAAAGGUUAGAUCGGAGAUGAAGAUAUACAAAGGGACGCACAUGAGAGAGCAGCGGUUGACGGAGAUGAUCGAGAAAAAGGUGAUGGAGGCGAAGCAAGUGUGCGGCGAAGACGAGACCUCCGACGAGUGCAAGGUGGCGUGGGACGAGGUGGAGGAGGUCAGCCAGGCGAAGGCCGAUCUCCGCCUCAAGCUCCACCACCUGCAGCAGGAUCCACUCGAGCACUUCUGUCAGGAGAAUCCCGAAACCGACGAGUGUCGCAUUUAUGAGGAUUGAUCCAUUCGCUAAUUUCCGAUCUCGAAGAUUUCCCUUUCUGUUUAAUUUUUAAUUAAGUUGUUGGUGGAUGGUAUUGUUGUAAAAUUAUGAGGAUGUGUGUGCUAAUAUUAAAUGAUGAAGUUUCGAUAUUUUCAGAGAAACUGAGCUCCAAAAAUGGCAAUAUUGAUGGUUAUCUUUUGUCAUGUGCUUCCAGAUGUAUGAAAUCCAGCUAAUGGAGUACUCUGUUUUUAA